AUGGCCACGCUCAGGGUCCUGCCUGAAGCCCAAGCCAAGGUGGAUGUGUUCCGUGAAGACCUGUGUAACAAGACAGAGAACCUGCUCGGGAGCUAUUUCCCCAAGAAGAUUUCUGAGUUGGAUGCAUUUUUAAAGGAGCCAGCUCUCAAUGAAGUCAACCUGAACAAUCUGAAGGCUCCUUUGGAUAUCCCAGUGCCAGACCCAGCCAAGGAGAAAGAGAAGGAGGAGCGGAAGAAACAGCAGGAGAAGGAAGAUAAGGAUGAAAAAAAGAAAGGGGAUGAUGAAGACAAAGGUCCUCCCUGUGGCCCAGUGAGCUGCAAUGAGAAGAUUGUGGACCUCUUGCAACGCCUGAAGCCCGAGAUCAAAGAUGUCAUUGAGCAACUCAAUCUGGUCACAACCUGGUUGCAGCUGCAGAUACCUCGGAUUGAAGAUGGGAAUAAUUUUGGAGUGGCUGUCCAGGAAAAGGUGUUUGAGCUGAUGACUGCUCUUCACACCAAACUGGAAGGCUUCCACACCCAGAUCUCAAAAUAUUUCUCUGAACGGGGAGAUGCAGUGACCAAAGCAGCCAAGCAGCCCCAUGUGGGCGAUUAUCGGCAGCUGGUGCAUGAACUGGAUGAGGCAGAGUACAGGGACAUCCGACUGAUGGUCAUGGAGAUUCGAAAUGCUUAUGUGAGGAGGCCGGGGCAGGGCAGGGCAGGGAUGGGCAAAGGCAGAUCUCCUGGGCCACUCUCCCCAACCCUGCAGACUAGGGGUAAAGGGUGAUGAAGUGUGAUCUCUUCAUGAGGCUGGAAAUGGGGCCCAGAGCAACUGCAUCUGCAGCUAACAUCCACUUUCCCUGAUCCUUUAGGCUGUGCUAUAUGACAUCAUCCUGAAGAACUUCGAAAAGCUCAAGAAGCCCAGGGGAGAAACAAAGGGAAUGAUCUAUUGAGGGCCUCAACUCUCCUUUUUGUGAUGGGUACUGCAGAGAUCCUCCUGCCUUUUACUGGGGACUUUCCAGACUUUUCUGCCACUUUUCUGCUAUUAUGGUCUUUCUCACCUCUCCCAAUAAAUAUAGUCAUACCACUGCCCAUCAA